UAGAAAUAGGAUAUAGCAAUUUAAGUCAACUGAAAAAAAAAUGUAUACCUUCAAUCUUCUCUUUGUCAUUGCCAUUCUCUUGUUAAUAUGCUUCUAUAGUUUACCUGUGUAUUGUGAUAACCUCCAAGACACCUGUCCAACCUACAUAUCCCCUGAUGAAACCAUUUUCAUCAAUGGCUUCCCAUGCAAAAACCCUUCAAAUGUCACAACAUCUGAUUUCAAAAACAUGAUGUUGAGUCAACCGGGUAGCGCAGACGAGUUCCUACGUUCGUCGGUCACCAUAGUCACGGCUGCUGAGUUCCCCGGUCUUAACACCUUGGGAUUAGCCACGGCUCGAACCGACUUAGAACUUGAUGGGCUAGUGAUGCCUCAUACUCACCCUAGAUCCAGUGAAAUGAUGUUUGUGGCAAAAGGUGUUGUGAUAGCUGGAUUUAUUGACACAAAGGGCCAAUUGUUUCAAAGUGUUUUGAGGGCAGGUGAUGUGUUUGUUUUCCCUAAAGGAUUGUUGCAUUAUUGCUUAAAUUCUGGAUUUGAGGGCGCGCUUAUUUACUCGGUGUUUAAUGCCCAAAACCCGGGCGUUGUUGAUGUGUCAAAUGCUAUGUUUGGGGACAAUAAUUCGGAGGCAGUGAAAAUGGCGAUGGCUAAACUGGUGUCGCUUAAUAGGGUGGAAGAUGUGCGUGUCCAUGACGAUACAAACUUAAAUGACGAGCUUUAGCGUGCCGUCUUGAUAUCAAGUUGGAGUGUUGAUUAAUUUGUGCUAUAUGAUUAGAAUGAUAGGAAACAUAUAUGUUUGCUUUUGAUUUCUGGUUUUGUUGUUUUUGAUGUGUUAUGUGUGGAUAUGAAAGAAUUGAUAUUAUUGGGCACAUUAAUGCUCGUACAAAUGAAUACUUGAACUAUAAUCUUCAGUUGCUUUGA